CCAUCCCCUACAAAGAACCUCGUUUUGUUUCUCCAUUCUCCCUCCCUUUCUUCAGUCAUGGUGCCUGAGUUAGGGAAACCUCGAGUCACGGAGAUACUGGUCAGAAUGGACUGCAAUGGGUGUGUUCAGAAGAUCAAGAAGGCUCUACAUGGCAUCAAUGGUAUAUAUGAUCUCUACAUUGACUUCCCUCAACAAAAAUUAACAAUAAUUGGGUGGGCAGAUCCUGAGAAAAUAGUCAAAGCCAUAAAGAAGACAAGAAAAACCGCCACCAUCUGUUCCCACACAGAGCCAACAGAGCCACCACCCCAGCCAACAGAGCCAUCACCUGAAGGAGGGGCACCAGCCCCUGAAUCUGCAAACCCUCCUCCAGCAGAAGCUCCACCCGCUGAAGCAGCACAACCAGCAGAGCCUCCAAAGGAUCCACCACCACCAGAAAAUCCACCACCAGAGCAAAAACCAUCACCAGCAGCGCCUGAUGCUACACCAAGCCAGCCAGCACAACCCUCCGGGCCAAAAGAGGUCGAAAAGGUUCAUGUAAUAUACCAGCACCCACCAGACUUUGGCUACAGAUAUGGUUAUGGUAACAGCUAUGGUCAAGGACAUAACAGGCAGUGGAAUACUUACACCAAUGGUCCAGGAUUCCGACAGGAGCCAGCCCCUCCUGUUUAUGUGACUCACAGCUACAGCACAUUCAAGCCAUCACCUCAUGUCACUGAAUACUCACAUGUCCAGUCGCCACCACGAUACACACAUUACAGCAGACAGGAGCAUUACAGUGAGGACUAUCACCAUGGCAACAAUGGCAACGGCAAUAUCAGUUCAAUGUUCAGUGAUGAAAAUCCAAAUGCAUGUAGAAUAGUCUAGAAGGAACAGAGAGGAGGUCAGUAUGAAAAGCAGGCACUUUCUUUUACCUCAAGAAGAGUCUUACGUGAAAGUUAUUGUAGGAUAAUAAGUAAAGAAUUAGCAUUCCGUGGCAGUAAUAUUUUCAAAUAAGCAUGCGCAAAUGUUGAAAGAAGAAUUAGAUUCUUGGCUUGUAAGUGCAGGAAGAAUAUAUCCUACAUUCCACUUCUGAGAGG